AUGAAAACAUAAUUCACUCAUGUACCCUUUUUUCUCAAAGACAAGGAUAUCACUGAUAAUGAUCAAACUCUUAUGUUACGCAACAAGAAUAUCAAUACGUGGCCCAACGAAAUCCACACUCAAUUGCUUAUACUUGAUUUGAGUGGAAAUAGAUUUCAGACUAUCCCACAUCAAGUCAAUUUAAUUUAGCACCUGCAAAAACUCAUAUUGCGAGAUAAUUCGAUUGACAACAUAGAAACAUCUCUGAAUCUGCCUUAACUCUUGCAUUUGGAUCUUAGUUAUAAUUACAUAAGAAAGGUGCCUUCCAGCCUAAUUAGGUUGAAUUCCUUGCAUCAUUUAAACCUCAACUCCAAUUUGAUUGAUGAAUUGCCUCGUCAACUCUUUGAUUUACAGUUGUUCUUCUUAGGUAUUGCCAAAAAUGCCUUCACUAUGAUUCCUUAAGACAUUUGCAAGGUCAUCAAAAAACUAGAAUAAUUUGAAUUAGAUUGGCUAAAUUAUUGCAAUUUCUCCUACUUUAUGGAUGAAUAAACAUGUAAGAAAUUAAUGGUUGUAUUUGCACAGGAUUGUACUUUUUCGCAAUUCUACGAAUACUUUAUGAACUCCUAAUUCUCUUACAAUUUGGAAAAGAUAAUUAACAAUCACUCAUUGGGAAUACUCAAACUAUCUUUUGAAUUUUAAAUUGAAGUUUCAAUGAAAAGUUUAAUUUUUGUUGUCUCUUAACCCGGAACUAAAGAGAACAUUAAAUUUAUAGAUUACUUAAUAGAUCUCCUAAAUUAGAAUGAUUCCCAGCUAUUAAAUGUUAUAUAUAUAUUAAGUGCAAGAACAAAUUAAACUUUUAUCAUCUAAAUUCUAUCCAAGUACACUAUCAAUUUACAUUAUCCCAUCAAAUUCGAUCUGAUCUGCAAUCACAAGAUCUUGAUUAUCAAAGGUUAAACACCCUAUACUACACUCUUGCAGCACAGUCACAAUAUUGAGGCCAUCAUGGAUUUUCAGGUGCAAAAAGGCUUUAAUCCUAAAAUUAAGCAUUAAGGCGAGAACUGUUUGCAUAUAGCAGUCAGAUUAAACGCAUAUGAAGGAGUUAAGUGGGCAUUGAAAAAUUGCAAUGUCGAUUAAAGUGACAGCAUACAUAAAAACACUCCUUUGCAUAUCCUCUUUCAAAGAUAACAGUCAGUCGACAUCUUUUAUUUGUUAGAAAAUUACAGGCCUAAUCCUUUUAUUGUCAAUCGCUAUAACAAAAUUCCCCGUUACUAUUAGACUUAAAUGAUUCAAUUAAGAUUUGUCAAAUUAUAUUUAAAAUACGAGAAAUGCUACCUGAGAUUUCACUUCCUAACAUACAACUCAAAUAAAUUUCAUGGAAUGAUUACUUUAGGAAGCAGAUCAAAUGCUAGAUAAGAGAGUGAAAUCUCAGCAGUAAAUACAACUGAUACGAGCAUUUUAAGUGGAGAAUAAUUACUUGAGUAUCUACUGAGUGAGAUUUUAAAAAUACUGAGGUCAUCAAAAUAGAUUCCCUUAGUUAUUGAUAAGAUUAAUCUAUUAAUAGACACAUCCUAAGAUUUACAUGCAAAGAUGUGCAUAUAAUAAAUAUUAUAUCUUUUAAAUUGCAAAGCCAAGUAUGGUUGGAAUUAUAAAUCUACAUUUUUGCCUUAACUCAUAACUUAAAUUAAUUUGUUAUUCAAGAAUAGAUUCUACUUAGAAAAACGAUUUUUUUUUUCCCAUGAUCUCAAGUAAAUGAUAUCGGAAAACAAAAAACAAAUAAUAAACCAGAAUAACAUUGCUUAGAAUAAGAUCGAAUAAGAACACAUAGUUAACUUAUCUUAAAAGCUUAAAUUCAACAUCUCUAAUAUACUUGACAAUCAAACUAAUACAAGAUUUCAUGAGUAAUAUGUGAUCAAUUACAUGAACAUUGCUUAUCUAUGCAAAAAUAGGAAGAUGUUAAGAAAGGAUAAUAUUAACAUCUUAAAUCAGUUUGAAGAAUUGUAGAUCAGAAAGGAUAUUUCUGCUGAGGAAUUGAUAGACCUCCCUGAAAGUCCACGUAACACUCUUCUUGAGAAAAUGAAACACGCUCCUGUAGUGAAGGCCAAAUUCAAAGAUUUUCCAAAUAUUAGAUCAAAGUCAUAGAUAGAUAUGUGA